CUAGAACAGGGUUUAACGAAGUUAAGUUUGUAUCCAAAAUGGCCACCACCAGGACGGAUGCCACGUCCGAAACGGACUUUGACAAGAUUCAGAGCCUUACAGACGUUACAGAAAUGCAAAGAGCACUCGAAAAAUUAAACAAUGAAGAGGAUUUUAUCAAUAAUGACUUGAGUCAUCUGCUAGAAAGACAGGCCAAUUUAGAGGACAAGAUGCUUACACUACACAGGACAUUACCUAACUUACAGAUGUUACAGACAGAUUCUAAACAAUUGUCUAGUAUGGUGUCCUUCACAUCAACAUUGGCGGAAAAUGUCAGUAGCAAAGUUAGGCAGUUAGAUCUAGCAAAGAAUCGUGUGACAGCAUGUAUACAGAGAGUAGAAGAUAUUCUAGAUUUAAAGUACUGCACUGAUGGUGUGCAGCAAGCUCUACAGAAUGAAGAUUAUGAAAAGGCUGCGGGUCAUAUUCACAGGUUCCGGAGUUUAGAUGAGAAUGUUUUAAGAAUGAGUGAAAUGGCUAGUGAAGGCAUGUCCAGUAGCUCAUUGGACACUUCUUUCAAGCUUCUACAUGAAUCAGAAGAGAAAUUGCGAGUAAUUGUAAAUUCAAAGUUUGAUGCAUCAGUGCAUUCUCGUGAUGUGGCGUCCAUAGAGAGAUUCUUCAAGAUUUUCCCUUUGUUAGGAAUGUAUGAGGAAGGUCUUACAAAGUUUGGCAAAUACCUAGCUGCAAAGUUAUCAGAAGAUGCUGACAAGAGUUUAAAGUUGGCGUUACAUGGAGUUGAUCCAGAUGAUAGAAGAUCUAGUGUUGUUUUUGCUGAUACUAUUACAAAACUAUUUGAAGAUAUUGCUAGAAUUGUUGAAAUUCAUCAACCCCUUGUGGAAACUUAUUAUGGUGCUGGGAAGCUUAUUAUGCUAUUAAGCAUUUUACAGAAGGAAUGUGAUAGACAAACAAGGAAAUUAGUUAAAGAAUUUAGAAAUAAAAGAGAUUUCGAUCAGCGGGUACAGCAAGUAAAACAAAGCUUGAUGUUCCAUAAACAACCAACUGCUGAAAAACCAGAUUCAAAGGACCUGGAUGUGUUGUUGUCCGAGGUUGUUUUAUUGAACACAAGAGCAGAACUUUAUCUGAGAUUUGUUAAAAGAAGAUUAAUGGGUGAUUUUGAAGCAGCAUUCCAAGACUCAGAAACAAGAGAAGAAAAAGAAAAGGAAGUUGACAAGUUUAUUCAAGAUUGUGAUACAAGUCGAGUAAUGAUGGAUUUGAUAGGAAAUUAUAUUCUAAUGGAGGAAUAUUUCAUGAGAGAAAUGGUUCUAAAGGCUGUUGCCAUGGAUUCCAUAGAUACAGGGACACCAACAUCUAGUAUGGUAGAUGAUUCCUUCUUUAUUGUGAAGAAAUGUGUAAGACGUGCCAUGUCCAGCUCAAGUGUAGAUGGGGUUUGUGCAAUGUUGAAUCAUGCAUGUACAAUUUUGGAACAAGAUUUUCGUGAAGUUUUGUAUUCGCGAGUGAGGGCAGGAUUUCCCUCAGGGUUUGAUCUGACGCAAGCUUAUAACAUGGUUAUACAACAGGGAAAAUCUACAGAUACUGAAAAAGCAAAAACACAGUUUAUAAAAAAACAUUUUUCCAAAGUUGUUCGUAUUGAUAUUGUAACAACAACAUUAAACAAUGCUGAAGUGAGUUGUGACUACUGUAAACAACUAAAGGCAAAUCUAGAGGAUGAGGUAGCAAAACUCUACACACAAUGCUCAGAACAAAGUAAAGCCAAAUUAGAGAGUUGUUUAACAGACAUUGGAGCAUCAGCCACAAGGUUUAAAGAUGUGGUAGAGUUUGGGUUUACACAAUUAACCACAGCUGUGAUAAAACCAAGAUUAAAACCUCAGAUAGAUAUCUUCUUAUCUACAUCUCAUAACAUCAGUGAUGAUGAUUACACCAAUUUUGAGGCCAAUGAUCCAUGGGUCCAGAAUUUCAUUGUUUCAUUAGAUAGUAUGCUAGGUAAUUUUAAGGAAUCUCUGACAAGCAACAAUUAUGAAAAGUUUGUGAGUUUGAUAACAGGCGAGAUAACAACAUCAUUAGAAAAAGCUGUUCUCAAAUCUGCAUUUAACAGGUUGGGAGGUUUGCAGUUUGAUAAAGAAUUAAGAGUUUUGGUUGGUUAUUUAACUUCUGUCACAACUUGGACAAUACGAGACAAAUUUGCUAGGUUAACACAAAUGGCAACUGUUUUAAAUUUAGAAAAGGUAGAUGAACUGUUAGAUUACUGGGGACCAAACUCGGGACCAUUAACAUGGAGGCUAACACCAUCAGAAGUUAGACAGGUGCUCUCAUUAAGGAUUGACUUUAGGACAGAUGAAAUCAAAAGGCUGAAAUUGUGACAAUUUGUUUAUAUUGUGACAUUCUUGACAAAGUAUUUGUUGCUGAAAUCCAUUCCAUAUUUACAAGCAUGGACCAUCCAGCCAUUAUGUUUGUGAUUUUUGGGAACCAAUACAUUUGGAACCAGCUAGAUAAGUCACAUGACCUAUCACCAGUCAAUGGAAACCAGUUAACACCAAAUUUACAAGUGACUUUUAAAGGAACUUCCACUGAGGUCCAAAAGCCUAAAAACAUAAAAUUUAAAAUUCUUACCAAGACCAACUGGGACAAUUAAACAGGCGGAUGUGCAAAAGAUAAAUACGAAAUAGACUCAGAAAUAAAUUAAAAGUUGUAUUUUUAUGCUAUUUUUAGCAAGAUUUGAGUGAAAAGCAUUGCAAUAAUUUUCAAUUUUGGGUAAUUUUCCAUAAUUAGAAUAAUUAUUCUGGAAAAAUGGAAUGAGCAAAUGGUCUGAAAGUUUGCAUGCAAGUUAUUAUGUAGACUUGCAUCAAAUGGAACAGUAAUCUUGAAAAAUAAAUUUCCAGUCCCGUCAUGUCAAAAAACCUCAGUGGAGUCUCUAUAAUAACUUAGGUGUUUAUGUCUUUCCCUAGAAAAUGUUUGUUUAACGUGAUAAUUGAAAUAUGAUAUCAAUGUUCAUGUGUACAUGAUGAUUAUGUUAUAUCUUAUGCUUGUUGUUUUGGUUAUUUUUGAAAUAAUAAGUUAUUACAAAUUAUGUAUUAUUUUUAAAAAUACUUGAAAUUUGUUCAGUUGCAGUUAAAAUAGAUUUAAUAUUAAUCAGAUUUGGGUUUCUGAAACCAGUCUUUUAAUUAAACAUUAAUCUUUGAUUGAUAGAGUAAGAGUCCAGUCAUGUAUUUUGAUGAUAAUCA